CUCUCGAUCUGGAUCUUCACAAUGCAAGAAUCUUGCGUUUGUUAGAGCAAGAGGCCAGCGAUAGCCGCGACGCAGAUGACUCUGAUCUAAGAACCAAGAAGAUUCGUGAGGAAAUAGAUAAAGCGUGGAGGGAGGCGGUCGUGAAACUAGCUUCAAGAACGUUCGUCCAAGGAAAAGCAUCUACGCCAGCAUCCUGUCUUAAAAGUCGUGGCAUUGUGCUUCUCUCAAUGCUCACGGACAUCGCUGAAUCAAAAGAUCUUCUGCAGAAGUCUUCAGCAAUCCUAGAAGAUGCUGUUAGUGUAGGAAGAACGGCACCAGGCGCUUGCGCCUCUACAACAUCCUCGUCUAGUAUUAAGGCUCAACUUUCAUUGGUCACUGAAGACACGGAGGAGGAGACCCCUUGAGACAACAGGGGAAAACGAAGGGAAAGGGGAGGGCUUUGAAGCGGGUCUCUUCCGUUCAGAGUCAGUGACCAAGAAUGAAUGCCGAGCUUUAAUAUUAAUAGUACUACUCGUAUAACCUCC